AUGUUCCUCCACUCCCAAUUGAAUGGCUUGCGGCUGUGUUCUCGACUGCCUGUCCUUCCACGGUUCCAGCCGGCUCUCGCGAGACAUGCCUCCCUGAGAUCCGCCAUCGAUCGCGGCAUUCGCAAAAGCCAGGGUCAAAGCCAGGACCAGAGCCAGAGCGCGAGAAAACCUUUUCAAAAUCGUAGAAAUUUCGAUGAUGAAGAACGCGCUCCUCACCGCCGAAGAGAUUCUAACCCAAAGAAGGUCGAACGCAGAAGGGAUGAUACUGAAGAACGCUCUUCGUACCGUCGAAAUGAUUAUGGCCCAAAGAAGUUCGAACGCAGGAGGGAUGAUACUGAAGAACGCUCUUCGUACCGUCGAAAUGAUUAUGGCCCAAAGAAGUUCGAACGCAGGAGGGAAGGUACCGAAGAAAACUCUUCGUAUCGUCGAAAUGAUUAUGGCCCGAAGAAGACGGGAAACUUUCGCGCGUUGCCGAUGGAACAUCAGCGAUUCAAGCAUGGCCACAAAAUCGAGAAACCUCGCGAAGAGCCACAGGAGUCGCGCGAAAAAGUGAUACCCUCGAGUAGACGCGGCACCGACCGGCCGAAAGAAAACGUCAAAGUCCCCGAUUCCAUUCCCUAUACGACUCCCGCUUCGGAAUUCAUCUAUGGCACCAACGCUGUCGAGGCUGCGCUGCGCUGCAGCCGGCGACAGCUGUACACGUUAUAUCUGUACCAGGCGUUUGGAGAGGAGCUCAGCCCCGCGAAAUCGACCAUCCGGAAAGUCGCCUACAUGAAGAAUCUCAAGGUCAAAAUGGCUUAUGGGGAGUGGGAUAAGUUGCUGGACAAAAUGAGCGCAGGUCGACCCCACAAUGGCUGUAUCCUCGAAGCAUCCCCACUGCCUCAACUCCCCGUGCGGAGUCUCCGCGCUGUCCCUUCCAAGGACGAAGAUCACUUCAGCGUGGACUUGGGACAGCAGUCACGGGAAGAAGCGCAGGUUAAUGGAAUGGACAACCACGUUAAAAUCAACCAUCCCCCCAUGCAAGAUCGCCGGAGGUUCCCAGUCGUCCUUCUUCUUGACGGAGUGGUCGACACGGGCAACUACGGCGCCAUAAUCCGCUCCGCAUACUUCCUCGGGAUCGACGCCAUUGUGCUCGCUGGCCGAAACUCGGCGCCCUUAUCCCCAGUAACAAUCAAAGCUUCCGCCGGCGCCGCGGAAAACAUGACCCUCCUCCAGGUCCACAACGAGGUAGACUUCAUCCAAAAGUCGAAACUCAACGGAUGGCGAUUUUACGCCGCGGAUGUUCCGGGCCCAGGGUCUACCUUCAUCGACCCUAUCCCGAGCGUUAUCAUGAUGGGAAGCGAGGCUUCUGGACUUACUCACCACAUCAAGUCGCACGCGGACUCGGUGGUGAGCAUCCCCGGGUCUAGGUUUUCGACGCAUCUGGGAGUCGGCUCGGAUCCUGCCCGCGUCGAUAGUCUCAACGUUAGUGUCGCUGCUGCGCUGCUGAUGGAGAUGUUUCUGCGCGUUCCCCUUGCGGUUUCGGGCGCGCCUGAGAAGCGCACGUCUAAGAAGGCGUAGGCGGGUGUGUUGAUUAGCCGAUCUAAUACAUAUACAAACCACUUGUACAUUAGCAUUGGG